AUGGCCGACGAAAAGGAAUUAUGUUUACAAAAGAUUCAAAAUAACGUGGAUAGUCAGUCGUUUUCUGCGGUGGAGGAGUUUAUUCACAGUGUCGAUCAGUCUUUAAAGGUGCAUUUAGCAAAUGAUAUUAGUGAUUGCGCGUUGGGGAGCGGGAUAUUUGUAAACGGGACGUCGAUGGGUUCGCCAGAGACAGCCAUGUUUGGGGAGCAGACGAUAGGAACAGAGGACGGCGAGCAUAAACAUGUCGAACAUGUUUCUCGUCACGUAGCGGAGGAAACCAACAGUCAUACAUUAACCGUCAAAUGUGACAGCGUCGACGGCGGAGAUAAGUUUCAAGAACCCAGCCCCAAACGGUUGAAGCUGCAUAUUCCACAAGUGAACUUUCACGGUAACGGAAAUAAUCCAACUUCUCAGUCCCCUCCUUCGUCGGAAACCUCGAGUCCUGAAGGGAAGAGACGGAGAAUUCAUCAUGAUUAUCGUCGAUUGUCUAGUUCUGGAUAUGUCGAUGAUUACGAGAACGGGAAAGAUAAAAGGUUUACGUCUCCGACAGACGCGGACAUUUUGCCCAUAUCUCCUGGAAGGAGCAGGAGUGUGUCACCCAGGACCAAGUCGCCCGUGAACGUUCCCAGGUUGUCGCCGCAGUAUUUGGAUAACAGUACAGGUAAAUUUAACUGUAACACGUUGGGAAAUACUUCAGUUACAUAUGCCUGUAAAAUAUUAACAUGUCUUGUGAGCUCUGAGAAAAAUGGGGAGACGGUCAGUCGUCAUUUACAUCACCACAAACACAAGUCUGCUAAUAACAAUGGCUCAUUACAAGAGCAGCCAGCAUCAGAACUGGAUUCGAACACCAGCCACAAACAUCACCACCACCACCAUCAUCACCACCACCACCAUCAUCAUGAUUCUGAGCACAAGAGACAGAAUAAGAGACAUGACUCACACACAGACAGGGUUGAUGGGGAGCGGGAGCUGCUGCAGAUAUCACCUUUGAAGUUUGUUAUUCGGGAUCCAUUUAAGGCUCGGGCUUCUGUGAAAAUUAAUAAAGACACACAAGAAGCUGUUGCCAAAGUUGAGAAUGGUGGCUACAAUGUUCAUACUGACCAGCGUAUUGAUGCUGACCAACAGGCUGAUGGGGGUCAGCAGAGUCUGAAUAGUUCAAAGACUGGACAGCAUUCAGGUAACAGUGAGACCACUUUGGAUAAAGGUGCAGGUUCUUUGGUUCUGAGCAAUGGGGUUGGUUUUGUAGCAGGAAGUGGUACAGAUGGUGGAUCAGAAGAUGUGAGUGCAGCAGGUGAUAAGGAAGAUACUGACAGUUCAUGUCUUCAGAAUGUGCUACCAGAUAAGGUUGUAAGUGAUCAGCAGGAUGUUGUAGGUAAGGAAUCGGACGUCAAGCAGGAAGAGUUAAAGGAUUCUGUUACGAGUUACCUGAGUUCAGAUACAACUGAGAAGUUAAGUUCAGUACAAAGUGGUGACCUAGUUAAUCAGUGCUGGGAAGACUUUGAUGUCAAGAAUAUCCUGCAUUUAGAAGUGAAGGAGGAGAACAGUGUUGCACCUGAGAAUCUAAAGUGUCCUAAAGUUGAUUCAUGUGCUUUAGUUCAAUCUGCUAAAAUGGAUGACGUUAAGAGUGAACCAGCUGUUAACAAUAGUUCUGCUUCAUUUAUCUUAAAACACUCAAUACUGAAUAGUAAAGAUGGUGAUACCAUGGCAGAAAGUGAAGUUUGUGGCACUGCCGUUUGUAAUUCUGAAACUAAGAGUUGUAGUCAGUCAGAUUUAGGGCAAACAGAUCCUGGGCAACAGGUUCAUCCUGUAAGUAAGAACAACAGUGGAAAGCUGAUCACUUCAAGUGGUACUUCAUCUCUUAAUAUACCCAACAAGACCAAGAAAACUGAAAGUAAGUCUGCACAUUCAACCAAAACAGUGCUGCCUGCAUUAUCUAAGGUUGACUCAUCAAAGCAAUUAUUUUCUUUGAAGGAUAAACAUUCAAUUUCACCUAAUGACAGUCAUUCUGGUAGUUCUUCAAAAUCUACUUCAUUGUUCACAACCAUAUCAACCACAUCACCCUCAAAACAGAGUAGUCAUUCCUCCAGUUCCCGCCAUAAAGAUAAACAUAGAUCGCAGUCAACAUCUAAAGACCGAAGUUCAUCGUCUUCGUCAUCUAAAUCUCAAAGUCGUCAUCCAUCAAGUCUUGGCCAUAAAGAACACAAACAUACAGCGUCAUCAUCAAGACCAUCAAAGUCCCGAGUGAAUCAAGGAGUUCAGGUGAAUUUAAGUGGAGAAGCUACAGUUUUAUCUGAUCAGUCAAAACACCUGAAAGGUUCCCACCACGUGUCUCAUAUAGAUCAUUUACUGCGUAUCAUCUCUGAUAAAAAUUUGCUUCAUGAUGUGAUACAGCCGAGAUUCCGAAAAUAUAUUUCCGUGGAAAAGUACACAAAUGGGGGAGCACUGGUCAUCCAUGCUUAUCACGAAGAGUUGACCGAGCUGGACGAUUUGACCAUGCGGGAGUUUGUGGACCACUAUUUCGAUCUGGUGUUUGGAGAGGUUGCUGAGGGUGAGAGCCGCUGUGUAAUGGGUAUUGUUCAUGGGGCAGCUAAGCCUAUGCCAGACUUUUUGGAUUAUUUGGUUGAGAAUUAUCCACAUUUGACUGUGAAAACUGGCAGCAAGGGAAAAUCUGACAUAGAGACAACAACACUUGAGAAAUUCAGAGAACAGGUUGAUCAGACUUUCAAGGGAGGUGUCUACCGUGGCGGAGGCCUUGACCAGAUCAGUCUUGUUGGAACUGUCAAUGAAGAGGUUGGAGACUUUUUCCCAGAUUUGCUGGACAAAUUGGAGUCUGACCCGUUUAUUUGUGCUGUCACACCCUGGGGCCGUUUGUCCAAAGAGAAAAUGCAAUCUCGUAAGGAGAGCGAUGAUGGCCCAAUUUUGUGGACACGGCCAGGGGAGCAGAUGAUUCCUCCGGCAGAAAUGCCUAAGUCCCCCACAAAACGGAAAAGGGGAGCUAACGAGUUGAAGAACCUCCACUAUUUGCCAAGGGCGUCUGAGCCAAGAGAGUUCUUGUUUGAGGACCGGACCCGAUGCCAUGCUGACCACGUUGACCAUGGUCCCGACAGAAUGACCACAGCAGCUGUCGGCAUGUUAAAGGCAGUCCAUAAAAGAAAUUCAGACAGUGAUGAUUCCAAUCCCCCAGAAGGAAGGAUAGUUAAAGAUGUCAUCUGUUUUCAUGCGGGCGAUUUCCCAGUGCUGACAGGUCUGCUGCAACUAGACCUUCAUGAACCUCCAGUCUCUCAGUGUGUCACGUGGGUAGAGGAUGCUAAGUUAAACCAGCUGCGACGUGAUGGCAUCAGGUACGCCCGGAUCACCUUGCAUGAUAACGACAUCUACUUCAUCCCUAGGAAUGUCAUCCAUCAGUUCAGAUCUGUGUCAGCCGUAACAAGUAUCGCCUGGCACGUCAGGUUAAAAACCUACUACAAACAUCUGUUCCAGUCAGAGGUACCUGAGGAGCAGCAGAGCUCUAUAAAACAAGAGGGGGAGGAUGCAAGUAUAGCCAUAAAGAUGGAGGCCUGUGGUGAAGCGGUUCUAGACAAUCAUGAAGGUUGUGCUAAAAUUAUCACAGAGCCUGCCAUUGUUCCUGUUGCCACGGAACCUGAAAAAAUAUCUAAUGAAAAACAUAUGACAGAAAAACAUGAGAAGAAAGUAACACCAGGAGAAAAACCUGACAAACAUUCUUUGUCUACAAAAGAAAAAAGUGUCAGUGAUAAGCACAAGGUAAUUGAUAAGAAUAUUCACGAGAAGAAUAGUAAGGCUGCAGAGAAAGAAAUCUCUGCACAUUUGAAGGAAAAGUUGCCUCAGCCUUUGAGUGAAAAACCACAGGAAGUCAAGGUGACCAAAUUAGACAGCAAUAAGAAGCAUGAAGCAUCGUACAGAUCUGAAACGCCAGCUAAGAGCAGUGAAAAAUCUGUCAAGACUGAUAAGAUCACAUCUUCGUCAUCUGCGACUGGCCACAAACACAGAGAUACUGACAAACUUAAUGAAAAAUGUAACAUUAAGGCUACAGCAUCUAAUGGAACUGAUAGCAAUAAAGUAAAAGAUGAUAAAUUCAACAAGGUUAAUCUUAGUAAAUCAUCCAAAUCUGAUCAGAAACAUGGCAGUCAGAAAUCCAGCAAAGGUACAUCUAACAGCAAUAAAACUGAUCUCGGAAAAAUGGCUGGUAAAAAUGACAGCAGUAAGAAUUUUGUUAAAAGUGUAGAUAAGAAUACACCCUCAAGAGAUGGUAAGAGUCACAAAGCAAUGAAGGAAGCUGAUUCGUUACACAGUGGGAAGCUAAAGAGCAGUGGCACCCAUAAAUACACAAGUAAGGACAGUAGUCAUUUUAAGGAGAGCAAGGUUGUUGGUAGUGGAGAGACAUCUAGAGCACAAGAAGAUAUGCAAAGCACAGACCAUACAGAUAAGGUUAAGAAAACAUCCGGUGAUAAAAGUGAAAAGCGCAGGCCAACUUUGGCAUCGUUGAUAACUUCUAAAGGAAAGGGUGGUGGGGAGAAGCACAAAGAAGAAAGCAGAAAAACAAUGACUUCUGUCAAACAUGGAAGCAUAUCUCACAGAGAGAGAGAAAAGACAAAAGAUAAAAAUGAAUCUCAUGGAUUAUCAAAUAAACCCAUUGGGGUAAAGCCACAACCUUUUCAGCCAAUGUGUGAUAAAAAGACUGCAGGCAUUGUUUCAUCCGGUGACAAACUUAGUGCCUUUUCAGCUCAUCACACACCACCGGCAGACAACAACAGUAAUUUGGUCAGUAUUGAUACUCUAUCGCCAGGAAGCAAAAUCAGUUUCCCAGCCAGUGGUCGUGUCUCCAUCAGUGAUGAUUCUGGAACACCAGUCAAUGGCAGUUUUCUUCUAACGUCUAACGAAGGCACCGAAAAUACAGAAGAUCCUCUAAAGACUGACGUUAUAAACAAAUCAGAUAUCGCACUUAAUGCUGAUGGCAUUGCAGUCACAUCUGACUCCCCUUUCUGUGAAGUGAACAGUAAAGAGGUUUCUCAGCUGAAAAAUAGUACCUCAGUUGUUCUUGGAAAUCCACAGAUACAUGGAGACAGUAAAGCUGAUGAAGAUUCUUCUACCUUUAAAGACAAUAGUGGUCCUGUAGUUAAGAGUAACUUCACUAGUCCCAGUUGUGAUUCUGGCAGUGUCCAAUGUUUGGAUCCUUCAGGGCAUAUAUGUCAGGUGACAUUCAUUGAGAAAUUCCACACCUCAUCUGCUACUUCUCCACAAUUUCCGGAACAGAUCAUCCCUCUAGAACACAAGGACAGUUUAAGAAAUGAAUGUGUGAAUCCGUUACCGUCUGAGAACAGUGUUACUACUGACUUACAGACGGAGGUAGAUUAUCUUAAAAAAAAUUCAGGAGUGAAGAGAAACUUAUCUGGUGAUGGUUUUAUGUUAGAAAUUCCCACGAAGAUUCCAAAAAUAGUCGAAGACACUGAUCGGUUAAAUACCAAUAAAGGGCAGCAACUUUGCAGCAUGGGAGAGAAUUAUAUGAAAAAGGACACACAUUUAUGA